CAAAUUCAGCGCUCCUCGUCUUUGGUGAGAUUUAAGGGCAGAGGUACCAUCAUCUACAGCUUCCUCAUUCUAACCAAACCCAAGCAGAAAGAUGAACGAGCUUCGACCACUUCCUGUUUCAUGUAGCAGCCCCCCCAUGGACUUCCUGGCAUUCUCUAGCCUUGAUGGGUGGUGGACUGAGAGAGAAGAGUUUGGUCAGAAUACUGUCAGGCUGCAGUGUAUGGGAGGUGUGUGUGUGUGUGUGUGUGGGAUCGGGUGUUUGUCUGAUGAGACGUCCUCUGAGACUCACACAUGCUUCCUCACACGAGUCAUCAUGUGAGACUUUGGAGGAAGGUCUGAAGGGUUUCCUGCUUUUCAGACGGAAGAUAAACUCCUCCCUCCCUCCCUACCUCACUCCCUACCUCCCUCCCUCCCUCCCUCACUCCCUACCUCCCUACCUCCCUCCUCAGGACAGAGUAUUUUCUCAUCAGACCGCCAGACGCCAGACGAACAUCAGAUGACCCCCAGCCCUCUCACGUCUGCUCCAGGUCCAGCUCCUGUUCCAGGUCAGACUGCAUCGGCUCCAGACCUCUCACGUCUGCUCCAGGUCCAGCUCCUGUUCCAGGUCAGACUGCAUCGGCUCCAGACCUCUCACGUCUGCUCCAGGUCCAGCUCCUGUUCCAGGUCAGACUGCAUCGGCUCCAGACCUCUCCUCCUCCGCUCAGAUCUCACAGUCACAUCUGUACGCGUGAAUGGAUCUUGUUUAGCUGUCCAGUUUGUCUGUCCGUCUGGUUCUCCAGAAAGCAGAGAGAACCAUCAGAGAACCAUCAGAGAACCACCAGAGAACCACCAGCUUCUCUGGCAUCCAACCUCGUGUCAUGGACCUAAACUUCACCCAGCUCCCCUCCCCCUGGCCCCCGGCCGCAUCCAACCAGACCAGCAGCUUCAGCAGCCUGUUCACCCAGCAGGUCCUCCCUGCUCUCUACAUGCUGAUCUGCGGCGUGGGCCUGGUCCUCAACAUCCUGGCCGCCUGGAUCUUCUUCCGGGUCCCCAGCGACUCUGGCCUGGUGGUGUAUCUGAAGAACAUGGUGCUGGCAGAUCUCCUUAUGCUGUCCACCUACCCGUGGCGCGUGGCCAGCGAGAUGGACCUUGGCGGCUGGCGCCUGAGGGUGCUGGUGUGUCGCUACACGGCCGUACUCUUCUACUCCAGCAUGUACGUGGGCAUCGUGUUCAUGGGCCUCAUCAGCCUGGAGCGCUACGUGAGGAUUGUACGCUCCUCCUCCUCCUUCUCCUGUGGUUCCCCGCUCCUCCAGAGCGUGGGCUUUGCCCGCGUGCUGGCUCUGCUCACCUGGAGCCUGCUGGUUCUGUCCGUGCUGCCUAACGUGCUGCUCACCAGCCGGCCCGGGGACGAGGGGAGCUCCAGGGACUGCAUGAAGCUGAAGAGCCCACUGGGGGUGCAGUGGCACUGGGCGUCGAGCCUGUUCAGCGUGGGGCUGUUCUGGGCGACCCUCCUGGUGCUGGGGUUCUGCUACUCCUCCAUCGCCUGUCGGAUCUACCGCUCCUACCGCCGCGUGCGGCAGGAUGCCGGCGAGGUGUGUCGGAAAUCGAACCGCAGCAUCCUGAGCCUCCUGGCGGUGUUCUUUGUGUGUUUUGUGCCGUACCACGCCUGCCGCGUGCCCUACACCCUCAGCCAGAUGCCCGGGGCCGGCUUCAGCUGGCACAGCCGCUUCCUGCUGUUCCAGAUCAAGGAAGGCACGCUGUUCCUGUCUGCGCUCAACGUGUGCCUGGAUCCCGUCAUCUACUUCCUAAUGUGUCGGACGUUCAGGGAGUCGCUGCUCAGGAAGCUGUCAGGGGGAGGAGCCAGGAGGCGGUCUCUGACCACGGCACAGAGCCUCAGCAACAUCUGACCCUGACCGGGGAGGGAGGGAGGGAUGGUUGGAUGGGGGGGAGAGGGA